UAAUGAGGAAGUGUUGAGUGUUUAACACAGAGUGUUUAAUGUUUAAGUGUCAGUCAUCAGUAGAUCAGUAUGGAGUUGAUUUCUCUUCCUAUAGUUCUCUUGCUGAUUUCAAACAUCCACUCUCAACGAACAGUAGAUAUAACACCAACUCUGACUGUGCAGCCACGGACGUUUGUGUUCAUUGGAGACAGAGUUACUCUGAUCUGUGAGAUUCAUCAGUACACUGGAUGGGAGUUUUUCUUUACAACACCAUCGAAGAUUGAAUACACUGAAACUACAGGAACAGGAAUUACAUCUGUGCAAGUCGCUGCUGGAGGAGAGUACUGGUGCAGAGCCAGAAGUAGAGAAUAUCCUGAUGUUUUAACACAUUAUAGUAAACCAGUAACAGUGAGAGUACAGAAUAAACCAACUCUGACUGUGCAGCCACAGACGUCUCUGUUCAUUGGAGACUCAGUUACUCUGAUCUGUGAGGUUCAUCAGUCCACUGGAUGGGUGUUUUUCUUCAGAAGAUCUCCAAACCAUGAUUACAUUGAAACUACAGGAACUAAAACAUUCAGAUCUGUGCAAAUCUCUGAUGGAGGAGAGUACAAGUGUGCAGCAAGAAGAACAGAAAUCCCUCAGGAUUACACACAAUACAGUAACUCAAUAACAGUGACAGUACAGAAAAGACCAACACCUCAAGUGUCUGUUUGGCCUGGUGAAGAUGUAAUCAUUGGAGAAACUGUCACUCUCAGCUGUGUCAUCAAUGAAGGAGGAGUCAGCAGCUGGCAGUACAGCUGGUAUAAAGAUUCAAUCAUCCAGCAGAAUAAACUCCAGUAUUACACAAUCAGAUCUGUUACUGUGUCUGACGCAGGUAAAUACACCUGUAGAGGAAAUGAAACCAGAGGAUCACGAUACUCACACAUCAGUAAUGCAGUUACACUGAGAGUAUCAGGAUCAAAACCUGAACUCACAUCAGAUACUGAAGGAUCUGUACUGACAAAUAACACAGUGACUUUGAAGUGUCACAUUGAUCAUUCGUCUACUGGAUGGAAAUUUUACUGGUACAAAGACACACAAAACACUGAGAAGACAACAACACAAACAAACUCUUACACAAUCAACAGUGUUAAAGUUUCAGAUGGAGGUCAGUACUGGUGUAGAGCUGGAAGAGGAAAACCAGACUAUUACACAGACUACAGUGAUGGACUGUGGAUAAAUGUUACAGCCACAGGAUCUUCAUAUCAUGGUCCUAUUGUUGGUCUGUGUCUUGGACUGAGCGUCAUGUUUUUGAUCUUUUUCUUGGUCCUGCUGUGGUGCUACAAAAACAAAAAACUCUCUCAGUCUCCCUCAGCUGUCAGUCACCAGCAGAACAUCAGUCAGACAUCAGAUCAGAAACAGACUGAAGAUGGUUAUAAUCACCUGCAUACUGGAGAGGCUCAUCUUUAUGACUCUAUUAAUACAACGGACAAUAAAGACACAAACACAGACAAUGUAAGUGAAUCAGCUGAGCUCACAUAUGCUGAUAUUGAACUGAAACCUAAGAAAGAAAUGAAGAAAAAGAAAGAGAAGAAAGGGAAUAACAGUGAAGGUGGUGAUAUUGUGUACUCUAAACUGAAGAAAGCAGGAGGUGAAGAUGUUGCUUCUGGAUCUGUUGAUGUGACUUAUGCUCAGAUAAAAAAAAAGACAGCAAUACAUUAACUAAUGCUUAGUAUUAUCAAUCCAAACCUUCAUUUUUCCUAAUCUUUGAUUGUUCUAAUAACAUAAAGGAGCAUAGGUGCGGUUUAUAGCACUUAAAAUGGUUUCCCUAUUAUUAAAAGCCAGUGAACCACUUUGAGUGCUAUUUAGCAUCAUUUUUUAAAGAGUGUACAUUAAUAAACUUUUCAGUACAGUACAUACUCUAACUAUAAUGCCACAGCAAGACUGUUGAUUUCUAAACACUUUGUCUCCAGAUACUUUUUUCAACCUAAUUGCCUGAUACAUAGUAAUAUACAAAGGUAAUAUUUUUUUUGUACAC